AUGGACUUAGGCAAACUCCUAUCGAACCUAUAUUCGAUAUUGAAAGACGCAUCUUCAAAAUGUAAAGUGUUGGAUGAGAGCUUCCCAUCGAGUUUCCACGAGAAGGACCCAAAUAAGAUUUUCAGCUCGUAUUGCACUUAUAUUAAAAGAAGAAGUGAUGCCAAUGGGAUGAUAAAGAAUGAGGAUAAAUUGAAACUUACCACAAUUUCACAGAAAUUUGAAGACGGAUUUUAUGCAGCCGAUCAAGGUGGUUUUUACCGUCUAUAUCAUGAUAUCAGACUAGUUUGUACAAUGCUCAUCCAUUACUACUCCCAGGGUACUAGGAAUUACCAGAUGGUUGACAAAUUUUACAAGUUUGCAACAGAACUGUUAUUGAGAGAAUGUUAUAAGAUAGGGAUGUCACUGUCAAACAACAAAACUAGCGGGAAAGAGUCAGCAGAGCCAGAAACUGAGCUCGACAGCAUAAUAGCCCAUGAUUUCAUCAAGAUGUCAACAACUUACAAGGUUUCUAUCGCACAGACGUAUCAUAUCAAUACUGGUGAUACAGACCUUUUCUCCUCUAUGAUAGCAAAAUCUAAUUUGGACAACAGGCCGCCAGAGCUUCCCAAUAGUAAUUUUGAAAUCAACAAAGUAAUCCCACAGACUAAUAUCUGUGAAGAAGCUCCAAGAUUUGGGUUUAUUGCGGCAAACACGAGUAAUAUUCCGGAUCCGACAUUACCACCCACCGAGAUGAUGUCUAGGUUUCUGCACCCUAACUGGUACGCUUUACCAACCACUGUAUGGCUAAAGUACGGUGAUUAUAAGCAAUGGGCUCCUUCGUUUAAUGAGAAUGGAACGGUUGUCGACUCUACAACUCGUGGGAUCAUAUGGCUACAGAGGAUAGGUUAUUUACAACUCUACCAGGAUGAAGCGAAAAAAACUGAAGGCAAAGAGGAUACUGAGGUUCUGUCAUCUGAAGAGCCCGAAGGAGUGAAUGGCACAAAAACGGAUGAUAUGGGGGCAGAAUCCGAAGAUGCAAAGAAUAACAAGGCUGUUCAAAAUGGGGAAGGAAAUAACAUGAAUCAUGAGGAAAAAAUUGAUGCAGUGAAGGAAGAUGUGCCCGAUAGUCUGUCAGAUGAGGCAAAGGACGAUCAAGCUUUACCCAUUAAACUGGAAAACCUGCUGGGAUGGAAACCCUCCAAUUAUAUUGAUAAUGACGAAAUUGAUGAGUUCAAGAGUGGCACACAGGCGAAGUUAGUCACCUCGAUACUCACAAAAUUGCAGAAACUGAGAAAGGAUAGAGUUUCGAAGAAAGUGUACAGACCUUCAGUAGAGGAGACACAACUAUACAAUAAGGCUCAAAGGCUCCUGAAAGAAGUGAUUCUCGCGAAACAGAUUUCCAAAUUACCCAUGAAUCAUUGCAGAUCAUUCCCAGUACUACAAGCCAACUAUAACGGUAGCAUACCUGUCGUAAGGUUGCAACCUACUAGAAAGAGGAAAUCUAAGAAAUAG